UCAGCCCAAACCCAACCUCUAAAACAUGAGGCUCCAAACUCAAACUUUAAAUCCAUGCUAGCCAGCCACUGGUAUUGUGCCUUUCCAUAUUCAUAGGAUCUAUAGAUCUUCCACGGUAGUUGCCAUUUGAAUCGCGCGUACUCCAACAUUCUGUGCUGUUCAUAUCAUACAAAUAAAAAAUAACAAUUUUUACUGUUUCCUCGUACUAGAGAAAAGCCGCCCCUGGUUUCACUAUCACAGUAGUGACCCCGAUAUUAUAAAUCUCCCUUUUUUCAUUACCUUCACAAGCAAAAAACCCCACCAGGUUCAUUCUUUGAUUGAAAGCUUUGAUAUUUUUCUUCUUUACAUUUGCAAUCACACAUCUUUACAAUCUUUACGAUUCAGUCAUGGACACAAAGAUUGGAUCAUUUGACACCUGUAAGGCUUCGUCUAACGACUUGGCUUGCCCUGCAAACGGGGCUGUUUCCACCAUUCAAAGCUCUGUUUCAACAACCUCCGUAGUCAACCCGUCCGAGUCAACUCUCGGUCGCCACAUCGCUCGCCGGCUAGUUCAAGUUGGUGUCACCGACGUGUUCUCUGUCCCCGGUGACUUUAACUUGACUCUUCUUGAUCAUUUGAUAGCUGAGCCUGGGCUUAACUUGAUCGGCUGCUGUAACGAACUGAAUGCUGGAUAUGCUGCUGAUGGCUACGCGCGGUCUCGUGGUGUCGGCGCGUGUGUGGUUACUUUCACAGUCGGUGGUCUUAGCGUGCUGAAUGCUAUUGCUGGAGCUUACAGUGAAAAUUUGCCACUGAUUUGUAUCGUUGGAGGGCCUAACUCAAAUGAUUUCGGAACCAACAGGAUCCUUCAUCACACUAUUGGGUUGCCUGAUUUUAGCCAAGAACUCAGAUGCUUCCAAACUGUUACUUGCUUUCAGGCUGUGGUGAAUAACUUGGAGGAUGCUCAUGAAUUGAUAGAUACUGCGAUAUCAACGUCUUUGAAAGAAAGCAAGCCUGUUUAUAUCAGUAUUAGUUGUAACUUGCCUGCGAUUCCUCAUCCUACUUUCAGCCGUGAGCCAGUUCCAUUUUCAAUUUCUCCCAGAUUGAGUAAUCAGAUGGGUUUGGAGGCUGCAGUUGAGGCAGCAGCUGAGUUCUUGAAUAAGGCAGUGAAACCAGUGUUGGUUGGUGGACCUAAUCUGAGAGUUGCGAAGGCAUGUGAUGCUUUUGUUAAGCUUGCUGAUACAUGUGGUUAUGCCCUUGCGGUGAUGCCUUCGGCGAAAGGGCUAGUGCCAGAGCAUCAUCCCCGUUUUAUUGGAACUUACUGGGGUGCAGUGAGCACAGCCUUUUGUGCUGAAAUUGUGGAAUCUGCAGAUGCUUAUUUGUUUGCUGGACCUAUAUUUAAUGACUAUAGCUCUGUUGGAUACUCUCUGCUUCUCAAGAAAGAGAAGGCAAUUAUCGUCCAGCCUGAUCGUGUUAUUAUUUCAAAUGGGCCUGCAUUUGGGUGUAUUUUGAUGAAGGAUUUCUUGCAAGCACUUUCAAAGCGGCUUAAGUGCAACACUACUGCUUAUGACAAUUACCACAGGAUUUAUGUUCCUGACGGGAUUCCUCUGAAGUGUGAACCUAAAGAGGCAUUGAGGGUGAAUAUUCUGUUCCAGCAUAUACAGAAGAUGAUCUCUGGUGAAACUGCUGUGAUUGCUGAAACAGGGGACUCUUGGUUUAACUGCCAGAAACUUAAAUUGCCUGAAGGAUGCGGGUAUGAGUUCCAAAUGCAAUAUGGAUCAAUUGGAUGGUCAGUUGGUGCAACUCUUGGGUAUGCUCAGGCUGUACCCGAGAAGCGAGUAAUUGCUUGCAUUGGUGAUGGCAGCUUCCAGGUGACUGCACAAGAUGUAUCAACAAUGCUGCGAUGCGGGCAGAAGAGUAUCAUCUUCCUGAUUAACAAUGGUGGUUAUACCAUUGAAGUUGAGAUUCAUGAUGGGCCUUACAAUGUGAUCAAGAACUGGAACUACACUGGGCUGGUUGAUGCAAUCCACAAUGGCGAGGGCAAGUGCUGGACAAAGAAGGUCCAAUGCGAGGAGGAUCUGAUUGAAGCAAUACAGGAGGCCACUGGACCAAAGAAGGAUUGCUUGUGCUUCAUUGAGAUGGAAAAAUUUGACGGUAGAACAUAAAUGGGUCUCACCAGGGAAGGGAAGAAUGUUUCCGACUAGCGGUGGAGCUCUCACUGCAGUGGUGACAUGUAGGGGUGGACCUUCUCCAGUGAUAUCCUGUGAGUAGUUGGGAUUUCUUGCGAGUCACUGAAAAUUUGUUGGUAGAUUCAAUUUCUUUGGCUGACUUUUCAUUUUCCCCGAUAAUUUUGUCUUUUGUUCUUUUUCUUCAAGUGAUCUCGUGGGCAACUCAAGCUCGCUUUGGAAUUUUUGGAUUCAAAUUGAGCUAGAGUUAGCUUUUGUUUGUGCUUAAUUCAGUUCAGUUUGAAUCUUAUUUUAAAGACA